AUGGAGUUGAGUCUGAUGUCCGAGGCACAAGUGAAGGCGGCCAUCUUACGCGACCAGGAGACUCUGCGCAGACUCGUCACCGACCAGCGCCAGCUGGAGAAGAAGCUGUGGACAGCGGUGAACGCGUUCUCCCAGCUACAGCAGACCAUGUCGGCAGGGGCGAAUUCUCAGGUUCCACCCGGACCUUUUUUCAGAGCAGAGCUGCCCUCGGCCACAGGACUUGCGGCAAAAAAACUCGCUUUCAUCACCACGAAUAGGGCAUCGUCUUCACCGUUCAUUUCGCCCUCAAGAGGCGCUUCUGUCUCACCUGAAAUCUCGACGUCGAUUGCAUGUCCGCCUGGACUGCACACCGGCCCGGCUCCGGCCACUGAUCCAGCCAAACAUUUCCCAGUUGACCAGAACGAUUCCUCGUCUCUAGUGCGUCGUUCGGUUCCAACGCCCGGGCAGAAUACCAACUUGCCCCUACAGCAAAGACAAAAGCAACCACAACAACGUAAAGAGCAACAACAUGGUCGGAUGCAGCAGCUGUCCUCGGCAUCGCAGCGGCUUUCGUAA